AUGGAAGUGCCCACCUCUGAAACUCUUAAACCUACUCCUGAUCUCAGUCAAGAGUCUUUGGACCCUAAGAUUGUCAUUGCCUUGUUUGAAAGUGGAUCACUUCUCCCUGUCUCCUGGAGUUUUCUCCCUUCCUUAAAUAAUAGCUACCAUCAAGAAAUCCAACAGCAGACUGCAAAGAAGUUUGAAAAUCUCUUAAAAGAAAUGAAAGAUUCUCUUAAAAAUAUGACAAAUUAUGAAAAGAAGUUUGUAGAAAUAAGAGAAUCUUCUGAGGAAACAAAUAUCUCUGAGACUGCAUCAGAACUUGAAGAAAAUAUCGUAGGACUUGAUAAAAUAAAUGAAGUGCUAUUGAAAAGCCUGCUUGGCUGUUCAGACCUGGAUGAAGAACAGAAUAAGAAACAGGAGAUGGUGUUGGAAAACCAGAACUCAAAGGAUGUGGUACAAGGUUUGGCAAGAGAUUUGGUAAAUCAUUCAGAAGUAAAAGGAGCUGUAAAUGAAACUCAAUUAAGUAGGGGGAAAGCAGAGUACAGAUUCCAUCACAUUCAAGAAGAAAAUAUCAAAUUUAGGAACAACAUGGAGCGGUUACUACAGGAAGCAGAACACUGGAGUGCGCAACAUACUGAGCUUAGUGAACUAAUAAAGUUGUAUCAGAAAUCUCAGAAUGACAUAAGAGUAGCCCUUGAACGCAAAGGAGUCCAUUUCCAAACUCAUCUGAAUGAUCAGGUGUCAGUUAAUCAGGAACUGGAGGAACAGGUGAGGAAACUGAACCGUGGUGCGUAUUCAUUACAUUUGAUUGCAGCUUUGCUGGAGAAUGAAUGCCAAAUCUUACAGCAGAGGGUAGAGCUUCUCAAGGAACUCUAUCAUCAGGAAGAUGCAACUCUGCAAGAGAAGCCAAUGUGCAUAACCUAUGCACAGGACAAGAAAGAACAGAAGCCAUUAGAAGCAGAGAAGGUAGAAAGGUAUAAGCAGAAAAUGCAAGACCUGGAAGGUACAUUUCAGAACAGAGUCAAGUUCCGUAGAAGCCUGGAUUCUUGUCGUAAUAAGAAAGCUCGUAAUAACAGAUUCAAUACUCGUCUUGCAAGAGCUCUUCUGGGAAAAAAGUGGCCAGCAGUCUAA